GGGCCGAGCCUGCUCAYCCUGCUGAGGAGGAGUCGUGGCAGGUGCCCUGCUGCUCUGARUACCUUCCCGAGGGACCCCGGUGCGAGUGUCCGUCGUUCCUGCCCCACCGAGGGAAACGUUUGCAGGCGGCGGCGCUCGUAGAUGGGACGGUAACUGAGCCUCGUGAGACAGGGAGAAGUGUCCAAACCUCACCAAAUACCUCAGAGGAUGCAGUGGAGGACAAAGCAACAAAUAUUCAUAUUCAGGAUUGUUGUAAGGGGCAUGCAAUAUCUUCCUUUAAAGUUGCCACUAACAUGUGAACAUUGAUGUUCAUUUCAUGCCAGUUUUGUACUUGGAGUAAAGUUAAGUCUUAAAUAUAAAGUAGAGCCAGAAUUUCUUUCACUGUUCUAAGUGGUGCCUCACAGAAUGAUGGAGUUCACGAGCAAAAUCCAAGAUGGUUCUGGGGUUCCUUGAGGUGAGCUCUGAGUUGUCUGGCUCAUACAAACACUUUCUACUGAUAGUUGGGAAGAUGGCCGGGUGGCCUGCCUGCAUUGACCAGACUUUUACCUCACUCUGUUCACAUCUUUGGUCUGAGAGUUAAUGAAACAUGCAMGUUACUCAUUUGUUCACUUAGGAGUCUCGAGUGAUGCGAAGUAUUGAGAUGAAUAAAUAUUCUUUGGAAGGUAUGAAGCUUGAUUAAGUAAGAAAUCGCCAAUGUUAUAAGCAGAAAAAGUUGUUUCAUUUGUGCGUUUUUUUUCCUGUAGGCAAAAAAUAUUUGGGUUCAUUGCUGACGCACUGAAGAAAUYAUAUAAGCCUAGCAUGUUAUUAGGAAUACUUAGUGUGUUAGGUCUUCAAGACACUGAUAGAGAUACGAGGAAUGAAUUGGACUAAGUAGCCAGAGAUACUAGAGGUAUUUACUGUUAAAUUUACASUAAAUUUAAAGGGAAAUGAGAGAAUCCUACUGGAACAUUUUAGAAUUAAACUAGAAAAGAAGUAAAUGUUUUCCAUAGUACAAAAGUACUUUAAAAAGUUUGAACAGGGUCUCCCUUGCAGUUGUUUUAACUUGCCUGAAGUCCUCUCAGACAGAUACACAAAUAUUGGARUCCCUGCUUCUCUGCAGUGGAAAAGAGUCUUGAGUCUUUGAAUGCCACAAAAGCUCAUCUUUCCUUUGUAUAUCUGGGGUGGGGGGCGGGCCACUCCUUACUGUGCAGUUUUUAGAUCUGUGUGGCUGAUCGUGUGUGGGCACCUGGCAGCUCUGUCUCAUUCAUGCUUCACUCACUCGGGAUGYAGGACUGUUGCCCUCAUGCUCAGCGGCUGUUCUGCAGUCCCCCAGUAGCUCCACACCCUUCACACCUUUCUGCUUUACUGGUGAGUCACUGUCUUUUCAUUCCAAUGUAGAGCUCUGARAUGGCACUUGAGUGUUCUGGGGGAGAAAAGGGGUUGCUUUUAGUUCCUGUUUUUCUCCUGGAGCUAACAAAUCAGGGCAGGGGUUUGUUCCCCCAGGGAACACAGGAGUUUUAACAGGUGGGCUGUAGCUCUCCUCCUGGGCUCAGCCCUGCACUCCUCGCUCUUUUCCUCUACUCAGGCCAAACUUYCACUCAGAGGUCAAGUGGAGUCAAGAAGAAGUUAAAAGAAGUUUUGCCUGGGAUUUAAGGAGGAAUCUUCAAAGCAGUAAAGUAAGUUCAAGAAUUGGACUUGGGAGGCCCAUCAUAUGUGAAUUGGUGGAAACUGCUGAGACUAGAUGCCAGUUUUUCGUCACAGAAGUUAGAAAUCUGAAACAAUGGGUGACUGGAGCUUUCUGGGGAGACUGUUAGAGAAUGCACAGGAGCACUCCACGGUUAUUGGCAAGGUUUGGCUGACGGUGCUGUUUAUCUUCAGGAUACUGGUGCUGGGGGCUGCUGCCGAGGAGGUCUGGGGAGACGAGCAGUCRGACUUUACAUGCAACACUCAGCAACCUGGUUGCGAAAAUGUUUGCUAUGACAAAGCCUUCCCCAUUUCUCACAUCCGCUUCUGGGUGCUGCAGAUCAUUUUUGUCUCCACUCCAACCCUCAUCUACCUGGGCCAUGUCCUGCACAUUGUACGCAUGGAGGAGAAGAGGAAAGAGAAAGAGGAGCUGAAAAAAAAGGGAAGCGGCAAAGAUGGCAACUACCCAGUGACAGCAGCAUCUGGCAGUGGUGGUGGGGGAGGCAGCAACAAUGCCAAAGAUACUGUUGGCAAGAGGGGGAAGGAGAAGCUCCCGAUCCGCGAUGAACGUGGCAGAAUCCGUAUGGGGGGUGCCUUGCUCCGUACCUAUGUCUUCAAUAUCAUAUUCAAGACGCUGUUUGAGGUGGGAUUCAUUGUGGGCCAGUAUUUCCUAUAUGGCUUCGAGCUAAAGCCGGUCUACCAGUGCAGCCGCUCCCCUUGUCCACACACUGUGGACUGCUUCAUCUCGAGGCCCACUGAGAAGACCAUCUUCAUCAUCUUCAUGUUGGUGGUGGCCUCAGUGUCUCUGCUGCUGAACAUGCUUGAGAUAUAUCACUUGGGGUGGAAGAAGCUGAAGCAGGGCAUGACAAGCCAGUACAUCCUCGAGAUGCCUGUCGCAACCAUGACACCAGUUAUGGUAACAGGGGAGUCCAAACCCGUUUCGCUGCCGCCACCAGCACCACCUGUGGUGGUCACAACUGCCAUGCCGGCCCCUGUUCUGCCUGACACCCGCGCUGUCACGCCGCUGCUGGCCCCGGUGACCAUGGCAUCAUAYUAUGCUACGGGUGCUCCAAGACCACGGCCCCCCUCCAACACAACCUCCAUGGCAAGCUACCCUGCUGCUCCACAAAAUGCCGAGGAGAGGCACCGUGCUGUGACUCCCACACCCAUCUCCACUCCCGUCACCAUCCCGACUCCCAUCCCCACRCCAACCCCAGCCGUCAUCAACUACUUCAACAGCAGCAGCCGCGCCCUGAUGUCCGAGCAGAACUGGGCCAACAUGGCAGCUGAGCAGCAGGGGAAGGUUUCCUCCAGCUCAGCAGGCUCCUCUACCCCCAGCAGUGUCCGRCAUCCCCUUCCCGAGCAGGAAGAGCCCCUGGAGCAGCUACUCCCACCCCCAGCAGUGCUGCCCAUUGCCGCAGCCAACAGCGGCAGCAGCACCAGCCUGAGCGGGGCGAGCGGCAGCAAGUGGGAUGUGGAGGGCGAGGUGGAGCUGUCGGGGGCGCGGCCCAUCUCGGCUGCCUGCACCACGGUGGAGAUGCACGAGCCACCGCUGCUCGUAGACACACGGCGCUUGAGCAGGGCCAGUAAGUCGAGCAGCUGCAGAGCCCGGUCAGACGACCUGGCCGUGUAGGGUGGUCGGCCCUGCUCGGGGGAGCAGGCGGUGGAAGGCGGAGUGGGCAGGGGAGCUGCCCGGGGAGSCCAGGCCUGGCGUGGGUGAGAAGGCCUGGGCUUCAGAUUUAGACGCUUGCUGUUUUUGCACUCUGUGAAUUGUAGUGGGGAAAAUUAUCAACAUUUUCUAAUAGGUCAGGGGUGACCGAAGCGCAGCCUGUGGGCCAAGGGACCAGUCCCACUUUCCUUCACGUUCAUGGCAGAUCCCUCGUGGGCAACCAUAGCCGGUCGUGUGCUCUGAGGCUGGUUUCAUCCAAGAAAAAUGCUAAUAUCCCUAGUGCCCGUGCACCUGGUUGUCAUCUCCCUCUUGCCUUCACUUCCACCCUUUUUCACACAAGCUCUACACGAGCAGAUGCAAUGACUUGCUUUCUUCCUCUCAAAUCUUACAUAGCCCUGUGCAAACAUCAGGGUGGCAURUUGCCUGUUGGCACCUGUUGUCUCUAUGGACCAACUGGCCAUAUUAAAGGUAACUCUGUUUCUUCCAUAUAGCAUGACUUAAUGAAGAUUUUUGUGCUCAUGGCAAGUCACCAAUGUGGUCCUCGGCCAGGCAAAGUUUAGGGAACCCCUGGAAUAGAUUUUUGAGGUUCUUCUUUCCAUAAUUUUUUUUUUUACUCUUGACCUGUUAGGAAGUGUUUGGUUUGACCUUCUAUCCAGYGUUUGCCGACCAUGAUCACACUAUGUUUAUAUGCCUGCAAGUAYGUUUGAGCAUGUUUGAUUAUAAUUUCAGCUGACUUCUAAAAUUGCUUACAGGAGGACAGGAAUUUAAACCACACCUCAGAAAUUAUUACACAGAACAAUUUCUCUUCAGAAAGCAAGGAUUAUGAUUUCAGUACACUGUGGCCACAUACAUUACCCGUGGACAAACAAUUAGGAUAAASUACAGCUCUGCAUUUUAGACUAUUACAUAUCAGCUUAAGUUUGUUGGAAAAAUGCUUUUURGAAGUAAACUUGAGUGCUUAUUUUUAAGUGUUCAAACAUUUUGAGAAUAAUCUGUAGGUUUAAAGUUACUUGACUGUGUACUUAAUCAUUYUAGUUUGAUCUUUGAUCUUACAAGAAAAUGUAAGAGGAAAAAAACUUACUAAUGGUGAAAUCCCCAAAGCAACAUUAUUUCCUGUUGUGUUCUACCCUUUAACAUCCAUCUUCAGUGUCUUCAGGUCAGUGAAAACAGAUUUACAUAAUAUUGUAUUGCAGAAAAUAUGGCUAAAAUAUAGUGCAACGUGGCAACGUGGUGGCUGAAGAGUCUAUUCUGAUCCCAUUGAAGUCACUUGCAGAAUUUCAGUUUAAMAAGGAGCAAGAUCUGGGAAUGGAUCUUGCUGGCCUUAUUCAAGCAAAACUAAUAUUCACAUAAAGUUUUGAGAGCCAGAAGAAAUUUAGAUUUUGGGCCUUGGAAAAGACUUCUGCUUUUGAAAAAUGUGUAUUUCCCUUAAAAAUGGGUGAAGGAAAUUAUUAGGUAUUUUUGUCUAGGGUGUAGCUUUCCUUACAAUGGGCUCUGACCUUUAUUCCCUCAUUAACAAGAUGUUAGUCAAAAUUCUGCAUGCCUGAUAAGGCUCGGGAGAGUUUUGGUACAAAAGAAAUAGAUAAUUAGGCCCAGCUUCUGUUCUAAGCAAAAUCCAAAAGAACUGAAGCUUGGAGUCAGUCCUGCUGCUGCUAUAAAUUGAAAGUACUGUAACUGGAAAAGAGCAAUCAGAAACACUGGGAUAGCCCUUUGCAUCUUCAAAGUAUUCGGCCCGGCAGUGCAGUCCUUGCUGAGACAAAGCAGGGUCACGCUGUAGCACGUAGUUAACAUUGCCGGUUACUUCUGCCGUGAUAKGUUCUCCUGAGUGUGCUUAUUUCAUUCAACAGUCAAAAUAUAUUCCCACCACUCGAGAUUAAACAUUUUUACUGCUUUCUGAGUACUCAYGAAGAGCUUCUUAUGAUCAGAAGCACUGUUCUGCAACCUUUGGGCGUGUUGCUUCAUGACUUCCUUGUCCUGCUUGUGUUGAACCAGGUGAGAAGUCCUUGUGCUGCUGUGCAGGCACUGCAUGAAAAGUCAAUGUGCAGUAGCAGCACAAUAAAGAUAUUUAUUAUUAGGUAUUCAGCUAAUACUUCAGGCAUGCUCUCAUGGAUUUUCUUGUUAUAAGCCAUAAAAACCCUUUCUGCAAGAAAGCUAAAAGCCAAGUUCUGCUUUCUAUUAUACCCAUGCAACUAUGCUGAACUUAGACUAAAGCUGAUGAAAUUGCCUAGAUUUCAACAAAGGCAGAGAUUAAAAUUCAAAAUUUUUGGAUCUAUUACCAUCUAUAGUAGCAGUUUUGUAAGUUUUGAUAAAUGCCAAUUAACUACAUUGCUGAAAUAAUGCAAUAUGCAUCUGUGUAUUGCAGUACAUCAGAGUUUGUGGGUUACAUUUUCCUUUGUUCUGUGCUUCUGAAGAAUGAAGUCAGUCUUUCUGGAGUGUAUUUAUAUAAACCAGACCACCUGGAACAUGUGCUUUUUUAUAUCAGUUCCUGAGAGCAAAACUGAUGUUGUUUGAUGGGGUUCUGCAUCUUGCAGCCCUUACUCCAGUACAACCUUCACAGAGUGUGACCUGCAGGAUUGCAUCCAUAUUGUAUAUAAAAAAUAGUAACAGAGAUUUAACUUAGGAUCAAGUGAGACCUAGUCUGACCUUUUCAAGUUAAUGUGUGUGGUUAGACCUGCAGAAAAUUCAGAUGCUUUUGUGGAAUAUAUGGUACUUUCAGCCAGAGUAACUGCUGGAAAUCUCUAAAAGAUGAUUUUUCCUGUUAGGUGAAGCUCGGGGGGAGAAAUGUAACUCUGUUGCAGCCCCUAAGAGAAGUCUGAGAGAGCAGCCUCUGCAUCCAGGCAGUCCUGGUCUGAGAAAACAAAGCUACAACUCACAGGUUGCGCUUUUAAGAUCAGCUUAAGUUCCAUCACGUAACUAUGCAGCGUCAAGCCUCUUCAUUACCUACAGUUUCAUUUGGAGUCCAGUAACUGUUUCUUCAUUUAAGCCCAGGUAACUGUUUUGGCAGAACUCCUCCUUAGUGCUUACAACUGCUUGUAGUUGCCAUAUCACAUCUGGAUUCAGAUUUGUUGAAAGAAAAAUCUUAUUGGUGUGGCUGAUUUGGAGCACUUCAAUCUUUACUUGUGAAUGAUCACUGAAUUCAGUAUCCUGUGGGUCAAGUGCCAAAUUCUGUGCACAAUUCCACAGUUCUAGAAUAUAUGUGCAAACACCCACUGACAUUCAGAAUAGGGUCUGUUGGCAACAAUUGUCCGCUAAUUUCCAAGAUGUUGACUCUUUCAUAUCAAUUAAUUAUAAAGUUYCAUGGGAACUGGUAGCAAGUGAUACCCUGAUUUAGCCUAGUCAUAUGGGCUGUUCAAAUCAAAAUUCUGAAAGACCUCAAGUGCACAGCUACAAUGAAACCUGUAGGUAAGUUAUCACAAAAGCAGAAGUCAGAACACAACCACGCCUGAUAUUAAGCAGACUGAAAAAACCUUCCACUAAUUUUUGCUCUUUGAGUAGAAUAAUUGUGGGAAAACUUGUUCUCUCUCUUACUUGAAGUUAAAAAAUAUGCUGAGAUAAACUUUGGAAAAGAAAACUGAAAAMAGAUUCUCUUUGAACAAGUUACCAGGUGUUUGAUGAUGUACUACUCUUUUGGCAGUAUAUUUGUCAUUCAACAAGGCACUUGGAGCUAAUUAAAUGUCUGACAUUUUGCACCUAUUAGAUUAUUUUCUGGUAUGAAUACAGAAGUGUAGGAUCAAUGAAAUAAUAAAGGCAAGCUUUAAAAAYCAAAUCACUAUUUAGGUCCUUUUUUGAUUAGUCAUGGGACCACCUCCUCAGCUGCUACAAGCUGUUGUAUUCCACUGAGUUCAUGUGGGUGACAGCAGUCUGUAGGAGCAGAGUGUGAAGCCCCCAGGUCUUUCUUUUAUACAGACACUAACACCAUGGAUUUGAACAGGCUGGGGUUCUUUCAAUUCCCAAUGUUUUACUUUGAUUUUUCUUGUGAAAAGUGUGCUCUUGUAAUUUUGAUUUUCUGAAGUUUACAUGCAAUUUUUGAUUUCAGAUUGCACAUUUGGAUGAAAUAAACUGUUUUCUAAGUUUACAUUUGUAUAAGAAGCAAAAUAAUGACUCUGCCAAYGUGUUAAGAGAGAAAUGUCUUACUAUAACACAGGAACCCUUCAGACUUAAGGCAGUACCAUUAAAUUUAACCUGAUCACUGAUCCAUAGUAUCAGCUUUCUCUGUAUAAUUAAAAUAUGGGCAUUGGAUAUAUAGGGAGCACACCAUGGAAAAAUAUUUUUCAUUGUGAACUCRAUUAUUACCAAAUAAACUGAGGUUCAUCAUUGUUCAUAUGCCUUCCUGUGUGUUUAGAGCUUCAAUGACAAAAACUAGCUGUGACAUAUGUCCUUUACRAGCUAAAUUUACAGCCUGGUUGAAAAUUCCAAACAAAGUACUUGUGGAUAAACACUGCACUGUUACACUGUAGAAGAUUUUACAAAAAAUAAAUGUUUUGCUUUCUAGGCAAAAAUAUGAUUCUGAGCCUGCAAAUACAAUUCCAUGCAAGUUAUUUUAACUUUUGCAUAUAAGACCAUUAAAGGCUUUGGGACUAUUUGCAUAAACUAAGAACACUGAUGUGAUAAAGAAAUUGUAGAUAUGCAUUUUAAGUUUGCUAUAAGAUACCAAUCUAAUUCUAGGGUUUUCAGUUCUUGAAGAGUUAUGCAAGAUGUGUGAGCAUAUUUUAAGGUGGAGAAUACAUUGCUAUUUGCAUUGCCAUUGUUUCUCACAGUUAAAGGGUUCUAAAGCAUGAGAAAGCUUACUCAGAACUUUCUUGUUGCUUUCCAGAUGUUUGCCUUUUACAUGACAGAAUCUGACAACAAACAUAACAAGUCUUCCAGKCAGUCAGGAACUUGUACUAACAAUAAAACCAGCAAACAGUUAAAAGUACUGUCUUCAAAUAAGUGCCUUGUAUAUUAAAUUCUGUAAGAAGCAAGUUGAUGUAAAUGUUAAUUUACCUCAUAUGUUUACAAAAUUGUGACUAAAUAAAC